CCUUCGUUAUUUAUCAAGUUACGGUCGCCAAAAAAUAAAAAUUUUUCAUAUUUAAAUUUUUUUUAAACAAAAACACACACACAAUGGCUAAUACAGACAUAGUACCCUCAUGGAUUAAAGCAAAAUUAUUCGAAAAAGUUUUACGCGAAACUGUUAAAGAUUUCCAUGAAAUAAAGGAGUUUAAAGUUUUUCCCGCUUUAGCUCCAGGUGAAAACUAUGCCACUGUCAUGCUAAAAGUACAAGCCGAUGUUCUUCUUACAACUGGUUCAGUGCAACAACAAACAUUUAUGCUAAAAGUGGCCCAUGAUAGUGAAUUGUAUCGUAAUGAAAUGUCAAAAUGGGGUAUGUUCGUUACAGAGUCUGGCAUGUAUCGUGAUAUUAAACCAGAAUUUGAAAAACUAUAUGCUGAUGCUGGUCUUGAUGUACAAUUUGGUGCUAAAGGUUAUGAAUUGGCAGUUGACAAGGAAUACAUUUUGUUGGAGGAUCUUUCGCGGAGAGGUUUUAAAAAUGCUAAAAGACAAGAUUGUCUAGAUUUGGAACAUUGUAAGGCGGUAUUAAAGAAAAUAGCACAAUUUCAUGCAGCUUCUGCUGUAAGAGUACAACAAAAGGGUAUGUUUGAGAAAACCUAUUUACAUGGAUUUUUAACAGAAGAUAGUAAAAAUUUCUGUAAAAUUAUGUUCGAUAGCUCUACACCACAUCUUAUGAAAACUAUAGAAAAAUUAGAAAACAAUCACGAUUACUAUGAACAAAUAAAAAAUUUCGUUACUAAUAUAACAGACACAAUGUUUGAAAAAAAUUCCGUAGAUGAAAGUGAAUUUAAUGUUCUUAAUCAUGGUGAUUGUUGGGCCAACAAUAUAAUGUUUCAAUAUGAUAAUGAGGGUAACUUAAAAGAGACCUAUUUAGUAGAUUUACAAAUGCCACGCUAUGGCUCUCCCGCUCAAGAUCUAUUAUAUUUUAUUAUAUCAUCAGCUCAUAUAGAUAUUAAAAUUCAAAAAUUUGAUUACAUGAUAAAGUACUAUUAUGACAAUUUAAUUGAACAUUUACAAUUAUUAAAAUAUACAAAACCUCUGCCCAAAUUACGUGACAUACAUGCAGCUUUAAUUAAAUAUGGUAUAUGGGGUUUUGUAACUGUUGUCACUGUUAUGGGUGCGGUGUUAUGUGAUCCUACCAAUACUGCAAAUAUUGAUAAUUUCGUUGGUGCUUCUGAGGAGGGUGAUACAUUUAAGAAGAUUUUAUAUUCAAAUGAACGUUAUGUGCGACAUCUGAAAGUUGUCCUACCGUGGUUGUGCUAUAGAGGAGCUUUGGAAAAAUGAAUUUAUUUUAAAUAAAAAAUAUAAAUUUGUACAUAUUAGCUCUUAGUCUCAAAUAUUUAUCAAUAAUUUAUGGAACAAAUUUUGUAUGAAAAAU